CUGUACUAAUCUGAGGAGAAAACGUCUGUAGGCUCAAACUCAACUACGCUGCGUGUAUUCGGUUGUUUUAACCAGAAACUAAAGUACAAUAACUUCUAAAACCCGUGCGUAAUUCAUUUUAAAAGAAUUAUCCUUAAACGGUGCGUAUAGCCUAAUUGGGUUUCAACUCCCAUGAUGGAUGUAAAGUGCGCAAUGGCUCCAAAUGAAGUUAUGAGAAUCAGAAGGAUAUGGGCGCGUUUCUACUAAGAUGCCAGUAUUUGCACAGUGUGCUGUGCUGAUUUGACAUUUCAUUGGAAGUGUUAUUGGGGAAAACGCUUCCUGUAACUGCGUAUCGCACAGAUAAAUGGAGUAACGGAAAGGAGGGGGCGCAGAGAACUUUACACGGCGUUCAAGUGAUGGUCAGUCAACUCAAGUGGACUUUCCGCUUCAGGAGUGCCAAUACCGUCUUAUUAUUGUCACAGUAACCCACAAGGGACAGGUCACCGCGUCUGAGAGACAGAAUAAAAAGUGAGCUGGCCCGCUACUUGAGCAAGGACGCACACGGGACUUGGAGCACCGGAUCUUUCAGCUGUUUGUCCACUCUCUCCCUACAGUCGGCCGGUGUAGAGGAUGACAACAGAUGUUCAGCGAAUACUUGUAUGACUUCAGAAGCUUUGCUUUUUCCAACAGAGGACCAGGCUAUACGGGGACAUAUUUCGUACUGGACACAAGCAGGAACCUAAAGUUGCGCUCAGUUCGUUUAAUUUCCAUCCUUGUUGAGCGCACGCAACGUAAUUCUACAUUAUUGGAAAAGGCUGUAUCGACCUGAAGAUCUUCAACUUUAUUCCCCAGAAGCGUUGAAGAAGGAGUUCACUUUCUCUCUCUCUCUCUCUCUCUCUCUCUCUCUCUCUCUCCCCCCCCCCCCCCCCCCCCCCCCCCCCACGGGAGCUAUGAGGGGACUGCGUAAGCACGUCACUAUGCGAAUGGUGCUACUGAUAUGCACGCUGACCGGCCACUGCAGCGUGAGCGCACCGUCGGCGGCCGCGGCGUCAGCUGCAGCCGGCCGGAGCGCGCAGCAGGACUUAAUGCGGAUGGUAGAGAUCGUAAAACACGUGGAGAGCCGGGGACGCCACAUCGCAAAAACGGAAGCCCCGUUAACAUCAAGGUCGAGGAUCAUUCCGGUGGAACCAAAGGAUUUACGCAACUUGAAAACAGACAGAAGGGAUCAGACAGCCGCCGUAAUCCCCAGAGAUCUCAGAAAGAAGGAGAAAUUCCUAAAACAUAUGACAGGUCCGCUUUACUUCAGUCCCAAGUGCAGGAAGCACGUGUACAGACUCUACCACCACACCAGAGACUGCACUAUACCUGCAUAUUUCAAAAGAUGUGCUCGGCUUCUCACCAGACUGGCCGGCAGCCCACAGUGCACAGAGGGGUAGCACACACAAGGUUGAAACCAAACAAGUUUUACACCAGAAAACAACUUGGGAAAAGGACAGUAAAAGGGAAGCCUAAAAUACUCUGACCAGCCCCAACUGACAUUAGGCACAGUAUCGUCCUUCAGUGAGGCCUGCUGUGCUAAGGCAUGGAUUACUGCCUCCCACCGCUCUGGCUGGGGCUCGAUGGUUGGCUGUCACCAUGAGGCAGGCAACCAGCCAACAAAACCAGACCAAGAUAAAGAUAGUGAAGCUGAAAAGUGGAGAAAGAAACAAGUGGCUGAGAGAAACAAACAUGAGGCCAAUUUUCCUGCUGGCAUCCAUAAAGAUG